GGAGUAUCCCGUUCUCUAGCCAAGAUGUGGCCGUCUGUGUCCAUCCUGUGUGUCCUGGUUGCCUUCGCCAAUGCUCGCAGCAUUCCUUACUACCCUCCUCUCUCCAGUGACUUGGUCAACCACAUAAACAAGCUUAACACCACCUGGAAGGCAGGGCACAACUUCCACAACACUGACAUGAGCUAUGUGAAGAAGCUCUGUGGCACCUUCCUGGGUGGGCCCAAGCUCCCUGAGAGGGUAGAUUUUGCUGCAGACAUGGAGCUGCCCGAUAACUUUGACUCACGGACGCAGUGGCCUAACUGUCCUACCAUCAAUGAGAUAAGAGACCAGGGCUCUUGUGGCUCUUGCUGGGCUUUCGGUGCUGUAGAAGCGAUUUCGGACAGAAUCUGCGUUCACACGAAUGCCAAGGUGAGCGUGGAGGUCUCGGCGGAGGACUUGCUGUCGUGCUGUGGCUUCGAGUGCGGCAUGGGGUGCAAUGGUGGUUACCCCUCUGGUGCAUGGAGGUACUGGACAGAGAGGGGCCUCGUGUCCGGGGGUCUCUACGAUUCCCAUGUGGGCUGCCGUCCCUACUCCAUCCCACCCUGUGAGCACCACGUCAAUGGCUCCCGGCCACCAUGCACCGGCGAAGGCGGGGAAACCCCCAGGUGCAGCCGGCACUGCGAACCCGGCUACUCGCCCUCGUACAAGGAGGACAAGCACUACGGCAUUACAUCCUAUGGUGUCCCUCACAGUGAGAAGGAAAUCAUGGCUGAGAUCUACAAGAAUGGCCCAGUGGAAGGAGCCUUUAUUGUCUAUGAGGACUUCCUCAUGUAUAAGUCUGGUGAGCAUCAGCACCAAGGCUGUAGGGAGCCCUGUUCCCUACUUCAUCCAUAG